UGAGCGCUCGAGACGCGCGGAGUCAAGUUUUACCCUCACCGGCAGCGCGCGCCCCGGGGACACGCAUACGCACGCACGCACGCGCGCACACACGCACGCUUACUCAGCGCGCGCGGGGGCUCGGGAUAUGCGGGAGCCGCGCGGAGUGUAGGACCCUCGUGCGGAGCUCGUGAACAUGUGAAGGAGAUAACGCGGAGCAGGAGAUAGCUAACGCGCGCGCGAGGAUGAGGAUGAGACUGCUGGGCUAUCUGCUGCUGCUGCACGCGGCCGUGGGGAUGGGAGACUCGCAGGCAGUCUGUCCCGGCACUGACAACAAGCUCAGCACCCUGUCGGAUCUGGACCAGCAGUACCACACUCUGCGCAAGUUCUACGAGAACUGUGAGGUGGUGAUGGGUAAUCUGGAGAUCACCAGCAUCGAACGGAACCGCAACCUCAACUUCCUCAAGUCGAUUCGGGAGGUGACCGGCUACGUUCUGGUGGCUCUGAAUCAGUUUGAUUAUCUUCCUCUGGAGAAUCUGAGAAUCAUCCGCGGCACCAAACUCUACGAAGGUCGAUACGCUCUGGCCAUCUUCCUCAACUACAGACGAGACGGGUACUUCGGCCUCCGGCAGCUCGGCCUCAAGAACCUCACCGAAAUUCUGAAUGGUGGGGUUUACGUGGAUCAAAAUAAGUUCCUGUGUCAUGCGGACACCAUCCACUGGCAGGACAUCCUGAAGAACCCUCGAGCUGAACUUCUGGUGGUGCCAUCCAACAACAGCGGCAGCACAUGUCGGCGAUGUCAUAGAUCCUGUAACGGGCGCUGUUGGGGCCAUCAGGAGGACCAGUGCCAAACCUUAACGAAGACGGUGUGUGCUGAGCAGUGUGACGGGCGCUGUUUCGGCCCGUACGUCAGUGACUGCUGCCAUCGGGAGUGUGCCGGGGGAUGCUCCGGACCCAAAGACACCGACUGCUUUGCUUGCACGAACUUCAACGACAGCGGCGCUUGUGUUACUCAGUGUCCUCAACCUUUCGUCUACAACCCGACCACCUUCCAGCUGGAGCACAACCCUAAAGCCAAGUACACCUACGGAGCUUUCUGCGUCAAGAAGUGCCCACAUAACUUCGUGGUGGACCACAGCUCCUGUGUUCGAGCCUGUCCGAGCAACAAGAUGGAGGUGGAGGAGAACCGCAUCAAAAUGUGCAUCCCCUGCACUGAUAUCUGCCCAAAAGUGUGUGAUGGAAUAGGAACAGGAAGUUUACAGAUGGCUCAGACCGUGGACUCCAGCAACAUCCACAAGUUUGUCAACUGCACCAAGAUCAACGGCAACCUGAUCUUCCUCAUCACCGGGAUCAAAGGAGACAUGUACCAUGGCAUCGGAGCGCUGGACCCGGAGCGGCUCAACGUCUUCCGCACCGUCAAAGAGAUCACAGGUUUUCUGAACAUACAGUCAUGGCCGGAGAACAUGACCGACCUUGGCGUUUUCUCCAACCUCGCUACCAUUGGGGGAAGAUCUCUGUACAGUGGGAUUUCAUUGCUGAUCCUGAAGCAGCGCUGGAUCACCGCCCUCCAGUUCCAGUCCCUGAAGGAGAUCAGCGCCGGCAACGUCUACAUCACCAACAACAGCCAGCUGUGCUACUACAACACCGUCAACUGGACCGGACUGUUCCGCACCGGCGGCCAGAGAGCUCUUAUCAAGAGCAACAAGGACCCGCGGGAGUGCACUCAAGAGCGGAUGGUAUGUGAUAAACUGUGUUCUGAAGAUGGCUGCUGGGGUCCUGGUCCCGAUCAGUGUCUGUCCUGCAGGUUCUACAGUCGGGGCAGGACCUGUGUGAGGUCCUGUAACCUGUACCGCGGAGAUAUCCGCGAGUUUGCCAACGGUUCAGUGUGCAUGGAGUGUGACAGCCAGUGUGAGAAAGCUGGAGAUAAGACCAUGACCUGUCACGGCCCGGGUCCAGAUCAGUGUACAAAAUGUCUCCAUCUGAAGGACGGUCCAAACUGUGUGGAGAAAUGUCCUGACGGGCUUCAGGGAGCCACCAGCUUCAUCUUCAAAUACGCCGAAUCCAACAACGAGUGCCAUCCCUGCCACCCCAACUGCACCCAGGGGUGUACUGGACCCCGGAUCCAAGACUGCAUUGGUAUGCUGGACAGGACUCCUCUGAUCGCGGCGGGGGUGAUCGGGGGGAUGUUCGUAGCCGUUAUCGUGGCUCUGGGUUUUGCCAUAUAUGUCCGACGCAAAAGCAUCAAGAAGAAGAGAGCGCUGCGCCGCUUUCUGGAGACGGAGUUGGUGGAGCCUCUAACUCCCAGUGGAACGGCACCCAAUCAGGCUCAGCUGAGGAUCCUGAAGGAGACGGAGCUGAAGAGGGUGAAGAUUCUGGGAACUGGAGCUUUCGGAACUGUGUAUAAGGGUAUCUGGGUUCCAGAAGGAGAGAGUGUGAAGAUCCCAGUAGCCAUAAAGAUCCUCAACGAAACUACAGGACCAAAAGCCAAUGUGGAGUUUAUGGACGAGGCGCUGAUCAUGGCCAGCAUGGAGCACCCUCACCUGGUGCGUCUGCUGGGGGUGUGUCUGAGCCCCACCAUCCAGCUGGUGACCCAGCUGAUGCCCCACGGCUGCCUGCUGGACUACGUCCACGAGCACAAGGACAACAUCGGCUCCCAGCUGCUGCUCAACUGGUGUGUUCAGAUCGCAAAGGGGAUGAUGUACUUGGAGGAGAGACGGCUGGUCCACAGGGAUUUGGCCGCUCGCAAUGUUUUGGUCAGAUCUCCCAACCACAUCAAGAUCACCGACUUCGGCCUGGCUCGCCUGCUGGACGCCGACGAGAAGGAGUACAACGCCGAUGGAGGCAAGAUGCCCAUUAAGUGGAUGGCACUGGAGUGCAUUCAUUACCGAAAGUUCACCCACCAAAGUGACGUCUGGAGCUACGGAGUGACCAUCUGGGAGCUGAUGACGUUUGGAGGGAAGCCAUAUGAUGGAAUUCCUACUCGUGAGAUCCCGGACAUCCUGGAGAAAGGAGAACGUCUGCCUCAGCCCCCCAUCUGCACCAUCGACGUCUACAUGGUCAUGGUCAAAUGCUGGAUGAUCGAUGCUGACAGCAGGCCCAGGUUUAAAGAGCUGGCUGCAGAGUUCUGCAGGAUGGCCAGAGACCCUCAGCGGUACCUCGUCAUCCAGGGGGACGACUGCAUGAAGCUGCCCAGUCCAAACCACAGCAAAUUCUUCCAGAGUCUUCUGGAGGAGGACGACCUGGGGGACCUGAUGGACGCUGAUGAGUACCUGGUGCCUCAGAGCUUCAAUGCUUCGGCUACGUCCUAUCCGUCCAGACCUCACCUGGACUCCAAUCGGAAUCAGUGCGGCUACCGUGAUGGAGGUAUUCCAGCUGAGGAGAUAGCAGGGGCUGCUGCCUCCACUGGCGGCCCACCCGUCCCCGCGGGGACCCAGCGCUUGCCUCUGGACUCCCAGGAGGAGAAGCACUGUAACGGAAGCCUGAAGAAACAGCCCAACUUUGGCCUGGCGGAGGACAGCAGCGGCCAGCGCUACAGUGCGGACCCUACUGUCUUCCUGGCACAGAUAACGCAGAAGACGGGCACCGACGAGGACGGCUACGUGGCACCACAGAAGGACAAGAGCUCCUCAGAGCACCUGAAUCCCAUCGAGGAGAAUCCUUUCGUCACGCGCCGCAAGAACAGAGAGAUCCAUGCUCUGGACAACCCGGGAUACCACAGCACCCCUGACGGGCAGCCCAGAGCUGAAGACGAGUACAUCAACGAGCCUCUGUACCACAACACGGGCGAAAUGAGCCAGGAGAUGCUGAAGAAGAACGGGAUUCCUCUUCCUCUGCUGUCCUUAUCUGCAACCAACCCAACGAAUAGCCAUGUUGUACCCAUCACCACCCAGACUGGGAGAUCCCAUCACCACAGCCAAGGAGCACAUGUGCAUUUUGCAAUUCCGCCUGUUCAACCUCCUCAAAGUGGACCAAUGAGUCAGAACGGCGCCCACGCUCAUUUACUCAAGGGUACAUCCAACGAUCACCCGAGCAAGUCUGGGCAUCCCUCAUCAACAGGCCAAAUAUGCCACGUCAGCCACCAAGUCCAGCCUGGCUACCCUGGUCCUGGUAGUCUCUCAGAUCAGCAGGUCUCUCAGAAGCCUAAUUCUGUGGCAACAAUCGGCAAGAGUAGCAUCACCGGCCUUCCGGGGCACGUCAUCCAUCAAAGCCUCAUGCCCCAAUUAAGCCACACUGGAACAAUAAUGGUGGACAAGACUUACAAGAACACCUUUGACAAUCCAGAGUACUGGCACCACAGCCUUCCUUCCAAGGUAGUGCAGCACCCGCAAGACCCUUCCCUGAUCUGCAGUAACAAUUUCCUCUACAAGCAGAACAGCCGGGGUCGAACCGGCGGGACUGAAACCCCAGAAUACCUGCCAGAGACGGGCAUGAAGCCAGGGACUGUCCUGCCCCCGCCACCCUACCGGCAGAGGAAUACUGUAGUAUAAUGUCCUAGUCGAUAGUAUUCCACAGAGCCUGGUUCCUCUACCAGCACCUUAAACAUGUUUCCUUGUUCCUCAGCAGUUCCUGGAAGGUCUGUACCCUAAACUACCACCACCAUGUCCAGUCUUGUGCCAUAGCGGAUGCUCCCGAGGAAGGAAAUUUGAGAAUUUGAGACUCGACAAGAAAAGUACUGUCGAUUCUUCUUGUCCGAAAGGGAAUAUUCGCCUGAGUAAGCAAAUAUAAGUGAACAAAGUGUACCUUCCUGCCAUUCGUACCUCUCCUCCUUCAUCCUGUUUAAGAAAUAAGAAAUAAGACUUUGG